AUAUACCAGUUAAAGCUCAACCCAAAAGGCGACGAGCAGAGAGUGCGGGCAACUCUAAAUAAACCAAGCAAAAAUUCUAACAGCAAGUCGGAGUACUCGCUUCACAGAGAAAAGAUGAAAGCUACCUUGGAAGAAAAUCACAGACUUAGGAGACAUCUAGAACAGAAAGCCAGUGAACUAGAGAAUCUUAUAGAGCAGUUGGGUGAUGACGUCAUCAAAGACGAGGUGGACUUGCACACUGCGUUACUACACAAGAAGAAACUAGCACUUAAAUAUGUGGACGGCUCUCCAGGAAAGGUAUCCGUGAAAUGUAAGUUCAAUGGUGGUCAGAAAACAUACUACCCCCCACCGCCAUCCUACCCUGCUGUCCCCGCCAUCAAUGUUUAG